AUGGGCCUUUUUCGUUGUUUAAAAGAAGGUUUCUUGGAUACUAAAUCCCGACUGUACGGGAAUCGGGUUGAUAAUCUGAUAUGGCUAGUGAACGUCGUGCCGAAAUUGGCUGGAUUUUCGCUUUAUAAAGAUAAAAUUUUUGCACCCUUCUGGAUCGUUCACUUGUCUCUACUUUUUUACGUGUAUGGAGUGGGUAGUGUGGUCUACCAAGCGAAGUAUGCGGAAGGCGCUGGAGACUUCAUCAAGAGCUAUGUUAAUAUCUCCAUUUUGGCGCUCACCGUGAAUAACAGCUACUGGUUUAUAAUGAAAAGGCCUUUACUGAAAACUGUUUUAAAGCAAGUAAACGAAAAUGAUACACUAACCCGAGAAACAUUGUGUCUCACGAAAAAGUAUGAGAAACUGCUCUCAGUCGUUAAAAUAAUCGUAUUUAUUUUCUAUGGAUUCAAUUUAGUGGAUGCAUUUUUUAUAUACUUACCUCAUCGCGUUGAUGUUACUAAUGACUACUACUCAAUGACGCCCUGUGUUGGCUUGGAACCCUUAACCGCAUCGCCAAACCGGGAAGUAUGUCUGACAAUACUUUGUGCACAAGAAUUUUGUAUAAUGACAGUAGUUCUGAACUAUCAAGCGCUCCUGUUGUUCCUCAUCGCUCACACGGCUGUCAUGUAUCAGAUGCUAUCAGAGGAGAUGUAUUUAAUGGACAUUCCUGAAUAUGACCAAUCUCAUAAUGAUCUGGUUAAACAGAAACUGCCAGGACUCGUCGCUCGCCACGCUUUGACCGUGGACAUUACAAACAACUUAAAAUCUUUAUACAGCGUACCUCUUGGAGUCAACUUUGGUUCGAACGCCGUGUGUAUCAGCUUAUUUUUCUAUUUACCCCUCCAGGAGUGGGUGAAAUUUGCGCCGAUAUUAAUAUAUUGCUUCCUCGUAUUCUUUUUGUACUGCUAUCUUGGUCAGAAAUUGAUAAACGCUUCAGAAUCGUUUGAGAGAUCCGUCUACGCUUGUGGCUGGGAAAAGUUUGACUUGAAGGAGAAAAAGAUAGUAUACGUUCUGUUAUUGGAGGCUCAGAAACCGAUUCAGUUGUUAGCAGCCGAUAUAAUACCUGUAAAUAUUUACACAUUCGCAACUACAUUGCAAGCCAUGUUCAAAUUUGUCACUGUAGUAAAAUUUUAA